AUGACUUUCUCCAUUCCCAAGACCAUGCGGGCUCUGCAAUACUCGGAGCCCAAAAAGCACAAGAUUGUCGAGGUCCCUGUGCCCGAGCUUCGUGAGAAUGAUGUCUUGAUCAAGGUCAAGGCUUGUGGUGUUUGUGGUACUGAUUUGCAUAUCCACGAAGGCGAAUUCAUUGCAAAGGUACGCCAAAGAUACUUGCUUCAUGACAUUUUAUGGCGUGGACUGACUGUUGCAAAGUUCCCUCUCAUCCCAGGCCAUGAAACGGUCGGCGUGGUGGCCGCCAUCGGUCCCAAGGUCAAAGACUUCCAGAUUGGCGAGCGUGUCGUUGCCGAUAAUUCUGAGCUUUGCGGUACCUGCUUCUAUUGUCGUCGUGGAGAUGAACUGUUCUGUGAGCACUUCGAAGCCCAUGGCGUGACAAUGAAUGGUGGAUUCGCUGAAUACUGCGCCUAUCCUGCUGGUCGGGUCUUCAAGAUCCACAACUUGUCCGACGUUGAUGCCACUCUCCUCGAGCCGGCCUCUUGUGCUGCACACGGUCUCGACAAGAUUGCCCCCAAGAUGGGAUCCUCUGUGUUGAUCUUUGGUGCCGGACCUACCGGUCUUGUUCUGGCCCAGAUGUUGCGUCAAAAUGGUGGCUGCAAUGUUGUAGUCGUCGCCCCUCAAGGUCUGAAAAUGGACUUGGCUCAGCAGCUCGGUGCCGGAGAUAAGUAUAUUGAGCUGUCUCGCAAAGAUCCCCAAGCUCAGUUUGAUACUCUCAAGGCUGAGAAUCCAUAUGGAUUUGACAUUGUUGUGGAAGCCACUGGUAGCCAAAAGAUUCUCGAGGACUCGAUCAAUUAUGUUCGUCGCGGUGGUAAGCUCGUCGUGUACGGUGUUUACUCUAGCGAAGUUCGAGUCUCAUGGUCGCCGGCGAAGAUCUUCGGUGACGAGAUCACUAUUCUUGGCAGCUUCUCCGAGACAUAUAAGUUCCCUGCUGCUGUCGACUACCUCGACUCGGGCAAGGUCAAGGUGGACGGCAUCGUGAACAAGGUGUACAAGAUCGAGCAAUGGGAGGAGUGUCUUGAGGCGAUGCGUAAUAAGUCUGCCAUCAAGGCUGCGAUUGUCUUUGAUUAG